GAAUAUGAUGAAUAUGAAUGAUGACCAUUAUGACCAUUAUGAUGAUUAUUGGAAAUUUUCAUCAAUAAAAAUGUCAUUAGAAUCUAGAUGUUUAUGGCAUGAAUUUAAUAAAAUUGGUAAUGAAAUGAUUGUAACAAAAGCUGGCCGUCGUCCAUUUCCAACAUUUCAGAUUCGUUUGAAAGGAAUGAAUCCUGAUGCUGAUUACAUUUUAAUGAUGGAUUUCCUUUUGGCCGAUGAUAAACGUUAUCGUUAUGCAUUUCACAACUCAAGUUGGAUAAUUGCCGGACAAGCUGAUUCUAGUGGACCACCAAGAAUACAUGUUCAUCAAGAUUCAUCAGCCAAAGGCGGUCAAUGGAUGAGACAGACAAUUGCAUUUGAUCGUCUUAAAUUUACAAAUAAUCCUUUGGAUGAUAAUGGUCAUAUAAUUCUCAAUUCAAUGCAUCGAUAUCAACCACGAUUUCAUGUAAUUGGUUGUGAGCAGCCAACAACAACAACAACAACAAAUGAUCAACAAACAUCAAAAUAUCAUCAUCAUCAUCAUCAUCAUCAUAAAAGAAAUUUUCGAACAUUUAUUUUCAAUGAAACUCAAUUUAUUGCUGUAACUGCAUAUCAAAAUCAUAGGAUAACACAAUUAAAAAUAGCUAGUAAUCCAUUUGCAAAAGGAUUUCGUCAACACCAACAACAAAAACAGCAGCAACAACAAACUGAUGAUAUGACCAUAACUAGAUUAGCUUAA